CGAUCUGAUAUAUUAAAACCUGUCAGAGGAAAACCGAUGGUGAGGAUACAAUGAUGAGGUUAUGGUACAGGUACAGGGGGGUGAUGAUGUGUCUGUGUGUAUGCUGCCUGUUUAUCCUAUAUAUGAAUUGUCAUUUAAAUUCUGUCCAAGUGGCCGAUCCACCGAGAAGAUUCCCGGAGCGAGAUCUAUUUGACGGAUCUCCCUUGUGCAACACGACCCACCCCUGUCGACCCAAAGCUCACACUAAGGUCAUUCUGCUCACGUACAUGCGCAGUGGCUCGACGUUCACAGGAGACAUCCUUUCUGCGCACCCGGAUGUGUUUUACUUCUUCGAGCCGCUUCACUUCCUGUCUCAGGAGAAACAUACUGUGUUCGAUUAUCUCGGACUUCGACAAAAAAGAGCUUGGUAUAAUCGCAAAAGCUAUAUAAUGCGAUCUACAAUGUCUGCAUUACUGAACUGCGAAUUUGAAAAGAUUGACAUUGAUACACUAAGUCAGUUCCAUCUCCAACACAGCCGUUCGACUAAACCCUACUAUGACUGUUUGACAGCAAACCCGGGGGUGUUGGGCGUGCUUCGUUGCCUGCACCACCUCUACAAGGCGUGUUGCAGCGCUAAAGUCCUCCUUUCCAAAACAGUCUCUCUCAGCGUGAAAAUGGCUGGAGAAUUGAUGGAUUCUGACCCAAAGUUACGGGUCAUCCAUUUAGUGCGGGAUCCUCGUGCGACAAUACGGUCAGAAGGGCGGUUCCACGUUUACAAAGAAAAGGACUUCAAGAAAUUUGUUGUAACCUUUUGCGAAAGGUUAUUAACAGAUUUGCAGAAUAUUAAAAUAAUCAAACAGAGGAAUCCUAACAGAGCCCAUGUGGUUCUUUACGAAAAUUUAGCGAAACGUCCACUCGUUUUAACAAAGGAGCUGUACAACGUCAUGAAUUUACCCAUGAUGCCAUCUGUUUUUAUUCAUGUCAGAAACAAAAGCAUGGAAGGACAUGAAGAGAACUGUCCCAUGUGUAUUUCUAAAGCCAACUCGGCCAGGGUUUCCCAGGAAUGGCGUCUUCAUCUGGAGUAUGACAAGGUCAAAUAUAUUGAUGCAGAGUGUCAACAGGCCUACGGCUACCUUGGUUAUAAACCUGCUGGGAGCAAGGCUGUCUAUACUAAUUUGUCCAUCCCGUUACACACGUGGCCUGACAUUUGAUUAAAAUGACAUUCGUAUGAAGGUAAAGUUGUGUUGUUACAAGGCAAAUCUUGGCACACGAAGCAGAUUCCCAUCUCGACAUGAAUUGCACAUGUGUAGGUCGAUAUAAAGUGUACAUGUAUAUUUCGAGAUACGAUAACUAUGAUUAACCCGAAGUGAUACUUUAACAUUUUGACCAGUUAUCAUUGUGGGCCCUUAUUGUGUAUUUAAACAGUAAUGGCAACGUAUUGUCUUCAGAUAACACCCGUUUUUGUGCAGGU